AUAUUCCGUAUGAGCCGGACAACCCCGAGCGUGGACGUUUCCAUUGGCGCAGAACUUCAAAGCAUUAACCAGCUAACGAUGAAAUUUGAAACACAAAAAGCUCAAUUUUUUCAAAGCUGAUAACAUCACCAAACACCAAAUAAUUCUCCCGACGAAGACUUCAAAUGCAUCUCUCUCUCUCUUUAACACUUCUUCUUAUACUCCCUCUUCGCUCCUCAACUUUCCCCAGAAUCUCACUCCAUUUUCUCACCAACCAAACAUGACUAAACCCCACCCUUAUUAUUUCAUCCUAGCUUUCGCAAUUUCCUUCUUUCUCACUAACGCCGUCGUUUCAGCUCGACUCUUCCCCAACGUCUCUUCCCUGCUCCCCGCCAACGAGCCCCUCCGCGGCGCGUGGGACGCCUUCCGCAAUCUUUCUGGCUGUCACCGCGGCAAGAACUACGACGGCCUUGCCAGUCUCAAAAGCUAUUUCCAACAUUUCGGCUACAUACCACACGCGCCGCCGUCGAACUUCUCCGACGAGUUCGACGACGCUCUCGAAUCCGCCAUCAAAACCUACCAGAAGAACUUCAACCUUAACGUCACCGGCGUUCUCGACGACGACACUCUCCGGCAGAUCGUCCUGCCGCGGUGCGGUGUUGCCGACAUCAUCAACGGCACCUCGACGAUGAACGCCGGCAAGGCGAACCAAACGACGUCGUUUGGCGACAGCAAACCGCGGUUCCGCACGGUUUCGCACUUCACUCUCUUCCCCGGCCGGCCGCGGUGGCCGGCGGCAGCGGAGGAGCUGACAUAUUCAUUCUUCCCAGGUAACGACCUGAGUCAAGCCGUGAAAGGCGUUUUCGCAGCGGCGUUUGCGCGGUGGUCGGAGGUGUCGCCGUUGAAGUUCCGGGAAACGGCGUCGUAUUACAGUGCCGACAUUACGAUAGGGUUCUUCAGCGGUGACCACGGGGACGGAGAACCGUUCGACGGGAUUUUGGGGACGCUGGCGCACGCGUUCUCGCCAACGAACGGGAGGUUCCACCUGGACGCCGCUGAGGACUGGGUGGUGGCCGGCGAAGUGACGAAGUCGGCGUUGCCGACGGCGGUGGAUUUGGAAUCGGUGGCGGUGCAUGAGAUUGGGCAUCUUCUAGGGUUAGGGCACUCGUCGAAGGAAGAAGCGGUUAUGUUUCCGACAAUAUCUUCGCGGAAGAAGAAGGUGGUUCUGGCGGAGGAUGAUAUACAGGGAAUUCAAUUCCUCUACGGUUCCAACCCCAAUUACAAUGGUUCGACUGCCACGUCAGCACCGGAGAGGGACUCCAGUGACGGUGGUCGUUGUCUCACUUGUGUGGGGUCCUCUUGGGGCUUUCUCACUUUGUUGACUUUUGCAUUUUCGCAUUUUGCGUUUUUAGAUUUAUUCAUCAUUUAUUGAUAGAUAUAAUGUAUCGCAUCGCAGCGCAAGCCUUAUUUAUUUGGCCUUGGCUUGCAUUUGCUUUAUCUGGUUUUCCACAAUUCCAUGAUACACUUUGUAUACAUUCAUAUAUAAUUUGUUAUGUAUAUGAUCAAUAAACUCGAGAAGCUU